AUGCUCUCUCAACUCAUCCUAUAUCUUCUGGUAGCUGUGUCCACAGUGGCCUCUACACUGCCCCCGUGUACGAAAUGCCCGGCUGGAGGCUUUUGGUCGAACUGGAAAGACUACACGAGCUGCUCGGACACCUGUGGGUUGAACGGGCAAAAGGUGCAGACAAGAACGUGCACUUCGUGGUCGAAGGGAUGUCCGUGCUCUGGCUUCGCAUCACGAGUUCGUCCAUGUGCACCUGCUGCGUGUGUUGCCCCGCGAGCUGCUUGUAAAUCCCCCUACACACAAUACACAAACAGCGCCACGGGGAAGAAACUUUGCGGAAACGUGUCAAGAACGGACAACUAUGUGGCGCCGAAAUGUGCCCUAACAAAAGUGUUCAAUACAUGCCCGUGUCCAGCAGCUGGUCUCUGGACCGAGUGGUCCAACGUUGGCUCGUGCAACGCCACUUGUGGUCGCUGCGGAACCGUCAAACAAACGAGAACGUGUCGAUCGUCGUCCUAUGGCUGUCCAUGCCCCGGAGCGAAAACCCAAAAUGUCCACUGUGAGAAAGCGCCAUGUGCCGGAAACACGUGCUGUAACGGGAACAAAGUGGUGAAAAUCUUGGGAACAAAUCCGGUUGAAUACCAAUGUGGAAUGCUGCUGCCACCCUAUGAACUACUCCCGUUGCCCACAUGUCCGAAGACGACAACCAAAGCCACAACUAAGGCAACCACGAAAACGACAACAAAAGCAACAACCACCACAAAGACAACCACUAAAGCAACCACCACUACCGCGAAAAAUUGCAAUUCGUGUACGUUGGCCGAACUAAACGCGUUGAAUGGAAAUGGAGACGGUUUCUACACUCAAGGAGACAUCCUAGUUGAUGGUGUGUCGGGUUGUAACAUCUGUGGUUGGAGCUGUAACACGACCACUUCGAUGGUUAACUACAAAGUCCUGGGCACUGAUAUGUCGACAGUGAUUGUCGAUGACAGCACACAUUGUGGCUAUAUCAACAACGAUAAUGACGGACGGUAUCAAUGCUCGGACACUGGUGUGUGGCAAUUCAAAACGUCUGCUGGUGUGUCAACCGAUAUGGGCAAGUACACGUGCUCAAAGGGUGUCCCUUGCUGUCAAUCAUGUACUUUGGCACAGCUGAAUGCGUUGAAUGGAAAUGGAGACGGUUUCUAUACUCAAGGAGGUGUCAUCGUCGAUGGCAUCUCGAACUGCAACAUUUGCGGUUGGAGCUGUAACACGACUACUUCGAUGGUUAACUACCAAGUCUUGGGCACAGAUUUGACAACAGUGGUCGCCAAUGACGACACACAUUGUGGCUAUAUCAACAACGACAAUGAUGGACGAUAUCAAUGCUCAAGCAAUGGUGCCUGGCAAUUCAUGACGGCUGCUGGUGUAUACACAGAUAUGGGCAAGUACACAUGUUCCAAGGGUGCCGCUUGC